GGGGACGCGUCACCCCGCGUCUCCAACCCGGACGACCCCCGCUGCCCGGCCAAGUCCAUGCCAAGGGCUCCCCACUCGGCGCCGACAUGGCUGAGAACCCCGUGUCUCCCCCGUCUGCCGCAGCCCCGGACCCUGAGCCGGGGGUCACAGAGCAGCCGGGGCCCCGGAGCCCCCCUCCCUCCCCUCCAGGCCCGGAGGAGCCGCUGGAUGGAGCUGACCCUGGCGUCCCUCACCCGGACCUGGCCCCUGUUGCCUUCUUUUGCCUGCGACAGACCACCAGCCCCCGCAACUGGUGCAUCAAGAUGGUGUGUAACCCAUGGUUUGAAUGUGUCAGCAUGCUGGUGAUCCUGCUGAACUGCGUGACGCUUGGCAUGUAUCAGCCCUGCGACGACAUGGACUGCCUGUCCGACCGCUGCAAAAUCCUGCAGGUCUUCGAUGACUUCAUCUUCGUCUUCUUUGCCAUGGAGAUGGUGCUCAAGAUGGUGGCCCUGGGCAUUUUUGGCAAGAAGUGCUACCUUGGGGACACGUGGAACCGCCUGGACUUCUUCAUCGUCAUGGCUGGGAUGGUCGAGUACUCCCUGGACCUGCAGAACAUCAACCUGUCUGCCAUCCGCACCGUGCGUGUCCUGCGGCCCCUCAAAGCCAUCAACCGCGUGCCCAGUAUGCGGAUCCUGGUGAACCUGCUCCUGGACACGCUGCCCAUGCUGGGCAAUGUCCUCCUGCUCUGCUUCUUCGUCUUCUUCAUCUUCGGGAUCAUCGGCGUGCAGCUCUGGGCCGGCCUGCUGCGUAACCGCUGCUUCCUGGACGACAACUUCACCAUACAAGGGGAUGUGGCCCUGCCCCCCUACUACCAGCCGGAGGAGGACGACGAGAUGCCCUUCAUCUGCUCCCUGUCGGGCGACAACGGCAUCAUGGGCUGCCACGAGAUCCCCCCGCUCAAGGAGCAGGGCCGCGAGUGCUGCCUGUCCCAGGACGACGUGUACGACUUCGGGGCGGGGCGCCAGGACCUCAACGCCAGCGGGCUCUGUGUCAACUGGAACCGCUACUACAACGUCUGCCGCACGGGCAGCGCCAACCCCCACAAGGGCGCCAUCAACUUUGACAACAUCGGCUACGCCUGGAUCGUCAUCUUCCAGGUGAUCACCCUGGAAGGCUGGGUGGAGAUCAUGUACUACGUGAUGGACGCCCACUCCUUCUACAACUUCAUCUAUUUCAUCCUGCUCAUCAUCGUGGGCUCCUUCUUCAUGAUCAACCUGUGCCUCGUGGUCAUCGCGACCCAGUUCUCGGAGACCAAGCAGCGGGAGCACCGGCUGAUGCUGGAGCAGCGGCAGCGCUUCCUGUCCUCCAGCACAGUGGCCAGCUACGCCGAGCCGGGCGACUGCUACGAGGAGAUCUUCCAGUACGUCUGUCACAUCCUGCGGAAGGCCCGGCGCCGCGCCCUGGGCCUGUACCAGGCCGUGCAGACCCGCCGCCAGGCCCUGGGCCCCGGGGCGCCCGCCCCCGCCAAGCCCGGGCCCCGCGCCAAGGAGACCAAGCCGUGCCCGAGACACAGCCCCCUGGGCCCGACGCCCCACACGCUGGUGCAGCCCAUCUCUGCCAUGCUGGCCUCCGACGCCGCCAGCUGCCCCCGCUGGCGGUCCUCGGGCCCGGGCAGCGCCGACUCUGGCCAGGAGGGCUCGGGCUCCAGCGGCUCCGGCGGCCGUGAGGAUGAGGCCGAGGGGGACGGCGCCCAGAGCAGCGAGGACGGGGCGUCCUCGGGGCUGGGGAAGGAGGACGAGGAGGAGCGGGCGGAGGGCGCGGCCCGGCUGUGUGGAGACGUGUGGCGUGAGACCAGAGCCAAGCUGCGCGGCAUCGUGGACAGCAAGUACUUCAACCGCGGCAUCAUGAUCGCCAUCCUGGUCAACACCGUCAGCAUGGGCAUCGAGCACCACGAGCAGCCCGAGGAGCUGACCAAUAUCCUGGAGAUCUGCAACGUGGUCUUCACCAGCAUGUUUGCCCUGGAGAUGCUCCUGAAGCUGGCGGCCUUCGGGCUCGUUGACUACCUGCGCAACCCCUACAACAUCUUCGACAGCAUCAUCGUCAUCAUCAGCAUCUGGGAGAUCGUGGGGCAGGCGGACGGCGGCCUGUCAGUGCUGCGGACCUUCCGGCUGCUGCGGGUGCUGAAGCUGGUGCGCUUCAUGCCCGCGCUGCGGCGCCAGCUGGUGGUGCUCAUGAAGACCAUGGACAACGUGGCCACCUUCUGCAUGCUGCUCAUGCUCUUCAUCUUCAUCUUCAGCAUCCUCGGGAUGCACAUCUUCGGCUGCAAAUUCAGCCUCCGCACGGACACGGGAGACACGGUCCCCGACAGGAAGAACUUUGACUCCCUGCUGUGGGCCAUCGUCACCGUCUUCCAGAUCCUCACCCAGGAGGACUGGAAUGUUGUCCUCUACAACGGCAUGGCCUCCACUUCCCCGUGGGCCUCCCUCUACUUUGUGGCCCUCAUGACCUUUGGCAACUAUGUGCUCUUCAACCUGCUGGUGGCCAUCCUGGUGGAGGGCUUCCAGGCGGAGGGCGACGCCAACCGCUCCUACUCGGACGAGGACCAGAGCUCGUCCAACAUGGAAGAGUUUGACAAACUUCAGGAGGGCCUAGACGGCGGCGGCGGAGAUCCCAAGCUCUGUCCAAUGCCUAUGACCCCCAAUGGGCACCUGGACCCCAACCUCCCACUUGGUGGACACCUGGGCCCCGCUGGGGCUGCAGCACCGGCCCCCCACCUCUCACUGCAGCCAGACCCCCUGCUGGUGGCCCUGGGCUCUCGCAAGAGCAGCGUCAUGUCCCUGGGGAGGGUGAACUACGACCAGCGCUCCCUGUCCAGCUCCCGGAGCUCCUACUACGGGCCGUGGGGCCGCAGCGGGGCCUGGGCCAGCCGCCGCUCCAGCUGGAACAGCCUCAAGCACAAGCCGCCCUCCGCUGAGCACGAGUCCCUGCUGUCUGCCGAGCGCGGCGGGACUCUGUGCUUCCGCGUGCGCAAGAUGAUUGACGUCUACAAGCCGGACUGGUGUGAGGUCCGCGAGGACUGGUCUGUCUACCUCUUCUCCCCAGAGAACAGGUUCCGCGUCCUAUGUCAGACCAUCAUUGCCCACAAGCUCUUCGACUACGUUGUCCUGGCCUUCAUCUUCCUCAACUGCAUCACCAUCGCCCUGGAGCGGCCCCAGAUCGAGGCUGGCAGCACAGAACGCAUCUUCCUCACUGUGUCCAACUACAUCUUCACAGCCAUCUUCGUGGGCGAGAUGACGCUGAAGGUGGUCUCGCUGGGCCUGUACUUCGGCCAGCAGGCGUAUCUGCGCAGCAGCUGGAACGUGCUGGACGGCUUCCUCGUCUUCGUGUCCAUCAUCGACAUUGUGGUGUCCGUGGCCUCGGCAGGGGGUGCCAAGAUCCUGGGCGUCCUCCGGGUCCUGCGGCUCCUGCGCACCCUACGGCCCUUGCGAGUCAUCAGCCGGGCUCCUGGGCUGAAGCUGGUGGUAGAGACCCUCAUCUCCUCCCUCAAGCCCAUCGGCAACAUUGUUCUCAUCUGCUGUGCCUUCUUCAUCAUCUUCGGCAUCCUGGGGGUGCAGCUCUUCAAGGGCAAGUUCUACCACUGUUUGGGUGUGGACACCCGCAACAUCACCAACCGGUCUGACUGCGUGGCUGCCAACUACCGCUGGGUCCAUCACAAGUACAACUUCGACAACCUGGGCCAGGCUCUGAUGUCCCCUGCAGCUGUUAAUUCUUCGGCGAACAUCAUGUACAACGGGCUGGAUGCUGUUGCCGUGGACCAGCAGUCCAUGUGCACCAGCCACUACCUGGACAUCUUCAUCACCUUCAUCAUCUGCCUCAAUGUGGUCACCAUGUCCCUGGAGCACUACAAUCAGCCCACGUCCCUGGAGACAGCCCUCAAAUACUGCAACUAUAUGUUCACCACUGUCUUUGUGCUGGAAGCUGUAUUGAAAUUGGUUGCAUUUGGUCUGAGGCGCUUCUUCAAGGACCGGUGGAACCAGCUGGACCUGGCCAUUGUGCUGCUGUCGGUCAUGGGCAUCACGCUGGAGGAGAUCGAGAUCAAUGCGGCGCUGCCUAUCAACCCCACCAUCAUCCGCAUCAUGCGGGUUCUGCGCAUCGCCCGGGUGCUGAAGCUGUUGAAGAUGGCCACGGGCAUGCGGGCCCUGCUGGACACUGUGGUGCAAGCGCUGCCCCAGGUGGGCAACCUGGGCCUCCUCUUCAUGUUGCUCUUCUUUAUCUACGCUGCCCUGGGCGUGGAGCUCUUUGGGAAGCUGGUCUGCAACGACGAGAAUCCGUGCGAGGGCAUGAGUCGGCACGCCACCUUCGAGAACUUCGGCAUGGCCUUCCUCACGCUCUUCCAGGUCUCGACCGGCGACAACUGGAACGGGAUCAUGAAGGAGAACCUGUGGCUGGACAGCGUCUCUUUAAUCAUCAAGGACUCCUUGGAGGGGGAGCUGACCAUCAUCGACAACCUGUCUGGCUCCAUCUUCCACCACUACUCCUCGCCGGCCGGCUGUGAGAAGUGUCAACACGACAAGCAAGAAGUCCAGCUGGCCGAGACGGAGGCCUUCUCCCUGAACUCAGACAGGUCCUCUUCCAUCCUGCUGGGUGACGACCUGAGUCUCGAGGAUCCUCCCGCCGGCCCUCUGGGCCCCAGAGACAGCAAGGCGAACCUCACAGGGGACCAGGAGGCUGAAGCGCGCAGGGAGGAGCCCCACCAGGGAGAGCCAGACCCGCCUGGACCCCCGCAUUUGGGGGAUGUGGAUGAAUGCUUCUUCCCCUCGUCCAACUUGGCCACCUCCUCGGGGCCAGAGAACCUGCUGUGUGCGAUGGAGACGAUCCCCUGCAACCCGGUGCGGUCCUGGCUGAAGCGGGAGAGCAGCCCAGCUGCACCCCAGAGCCCCUUCUCCCCAGACGCCUCCAGCCCACUCCUGCCUGUGCCUGCGGAGUUCUUCCACCCCGCCGCUUCUGCCGGCCAGCCGGGACAGGAGAAGGGCGCUAGCCCUGGGCCCCUCCCCAAGAUCGCCCUGCAGGGCUCCUGGGCACCCCUGCGGUCACCAAGCGCCAACUGCACCCUCCUGCGGCAGGCCAGAGGCAGCGACUCAUCGCUGGAGGCCAGCCCCAGCAGCUCGGCCGGCAGCCUGCAGACCACGCUGGAGGACAGCCUGACCAAGGACCUGCCUGGCCAGGCCGAGCGGGCCGAGGGCCUGGGCCCCUCGGGCCUGGAGGCACUGUCCCCCCGAGAGCUGCAGCCCGGAGAUCCGGCCAGCAAGAGGAAGAGAUGA